CCUUAAGAAAUAGCACACCCUUCAGAAUGGAAGAAUUUAUCUGCCUCCUAUUUGAUGGGGUUCAGAGCUAAGAUGGCUGACUAAAUAAACAUGGGGGACUGGACUUUCCUUGGACGCAUUCUGGAGGAAGUUCACAUCCACUCCACCAUGAUUGGAAAGAUGUGGCUCACCGUCCUGUUCAUAUUUCGAAUGCUUGUUCUGGGUGUAGCUGCUGAAGAUGUCUGGAAUGAUGAGCAGUCUGACUUCAUCUGUAAUACAGAACAACCCGGCUGCAGAAAUGUAUGCUAUGAUCAGGCCUUUCCUAUCUCCCUCAUUAGAUACUGGGUUUUGCAGGUGAUAUUUGUGUCUUCACCAUCCCUGGUCUACAUGGGCCAUGCUUUGUACAGACUGAGAGUUCUGGAGAAGGAGAGGCAGAUGAAGAAAGCUCAACUGAGGGGUGAACUGGAGGAGGUAGAGCUUGAAAUGCCUGGGGAUCGGAGGAGAUUGGAGCAAGAACUGCAUGAGCUUGAGCAAAGGAAACUAAAUAAAGCUCCACUCAGAGGAACCUUGCUUUGCACUUAUGUGAUACACAUUUUCACUCGCUCUGUGGUUGAAGUUGGGUUCAUGAUUGGACAGUAUCUUUUAUAUGGAUUUCAUUUAGAGCCUCUAUUUAAAUGCCACGGCCACCCGUGUCCAAAUAUAAUUGAUUGUUUUGUCUCAAGACCCACAGAAAAGACGAUAUUCCUAUUAUUUAUGCAAUCCAUAGCUACUGUUUCACUUUUCUUAAAUGUGCUAGAAAUAUUCCAUCUAGGUUUUAAAAAGAUUAAAAGAGGGCUUUGGGGACAAUAUAAAUUGAAGGAUGAACAUAAUGAAUUUUGUACCAACAAGUCAAAACAAAACCUUGCCAAAUACCAAAACAUAUCUGCAAAUUCACUGAAACGAUUAUCUUCUGCACCUGAUUACAGUCUGUUAGUGGAAAAGCAAACACACACAGCAGCGUACCCUGGUUUAAAUCCACCUGCAUUUCAGACAGAUCCUGAUAAUCACAGUGGAAAUGAUGACAAAGGCAUUUUGGAUGAACAGGAAACGCUACUUUCUGAGAUGUGCAUGCUUAGUACUACCUGUGGUCAUCUUCAAAACAUCAACUCAAGUAAUAAAGAAGACACUCAUAAAAUAUCUGGAAAAGAAGUUAAUGGUAACCAGUUGAGGGGAAAAAGAGAAAUUGAUGGCAAAGACAGCAAAAGGAACCACUACUCUAAAGGUCACUGUUCUAUUCCAGGUGAUGCUAUAGAUCUGAACAACCACACGGGGCAGUCACCCCAAACAGCUUUCUCUCUGCCAGCUAACUACACCUGGAAACCGAAAUGGCUUCGUGCUACUUGGGGUCCCUCUGCAGAAAAUGAAAACCAGGCAUUACCUCCUAAAGGUAACCUCAAGGGCCAGCUCAGAGACAGCACAAUCAGAACGCUUCCUCCUUCACAGGGAGACUUCCAUCCACUUGACAUUCCAGACACUCCUGAUCCUUUGGGAGGGUUGUCCUUUGAAUCCGAGUUGGUCAGAACCUGCAGUAACCCCCCGGCUUGUCCUCCAAAUCAUUCAGUGUCGCUGACAAACAACCUCAUUGGUAGGCGGGCUCCCACAGACCUUCAGAUCUGAACAGCUGUUGGUUUUUAGACAUUCUGUGUAUUACAUUAUCAAAGAAGUAGCUUAAUGAUGGUUGAGCACAGAAACAACAGGGCAGCUCUACAGACCAGCUGUUUGGAUAGACAACUGCAAACCCAUUUAAAAAAGGGAAAAUGGCUCUAAUUCUGAAUUGGGAAGGAGUAGUUUCAAGUUCAAAGACAUAGAGUUACCAAAUCAGGACUACUUUUCUACAGGCUCCCUUCAGAAUAACACUAAUUUUGGGAAAAUCACAUGUCAGAAUCGAAGCUAAAUGGAAUCAGGUUUUUCCUUGAAGGGAGCAUAGCCUUCAGAGAUUGUUCUUAAUCUAUGUAAUUCCCUCUUUUGGUUAUUAAUCUUUUA